GAGUCCUUUGGAGAACUGAAGCUGGAGAAAGAAGCCAGCUUGUUGAAAGAAAAUCCCCACCACCGAGACACACCUUUAUUUUGCGCCCACCCACUCCCGGCUUACAAGGUAGUUGGGAGGAGGAAACGGACAGAACGGAGCGCGCGCCCCUGACUGCACGGGGAGGGGGGCGGCGGCGGGUGGCCUCUCUGCUCUCUCUCGCCACACACCCCCCCCCCCCGCGCCCCAGCCAGCCCCCCGCCCCUCCCUCCCUCCCUCCCGCGCUCCUCAUCUCCAAGGCACCACCGCCUCGAGGCGCGCUCAGACCCGGGGGAGGCGACCUUGGGCCGGGCUGUCCGCCGCUCUCGCUCGCUCGCUCGCUCGCUGCGCCUCCUUCCCCCGCCGGGCCCCGAUCCCGCCGCGGGGUGGCAGGGCAGGGCAGGGCAGCGCACCCCCCGCGCUUGCUCCAUGCCGCCUUCUUCGUACGGGCAGCGCGCCCUGGGCGCACUGCUGCUCUUCGGCACCGUCUCCGGCUUGAUGGCGGUGCUGGCGUCGAUGCUGAUCUUCCAGAUCCAGGCCGGGCGGCGGGCCGGGCCCGGGGCCGGCGGGGGCGGCCUGCCCGAGGGGGCCAGCCGGGUGCUGCUGCCGCUCUCGGCGGUGCUGGCCUCGCUCUGCCUGGUGCUCAGCCUCAGCUGCCUCCUGCUCAGCCUCCUGCACGGCUACUGCGGCGCAGAGCGCUGCGCGUCGCCAGGGGGCGCUCUGGGGCCAGACAGGGCGGAUUGGUUCCUUCUGGACAGCCGGAAGGUACGGCAUGUGGCUGUUGGCUUGUUCUGCUGUGGAGUUUCGGUCUACCUAGCAGCCCUCUCCAUGUACAUGCUGGUGCUCUUCGAGAUCGAGACCGGCAUCACCAGCGCCUGUGUCUUGUCUUCUGGCAUUGUCGUCUUGUUCAUCACGGUGACCCACGCUCUUGUCCGGGCGGCCCAAGCCUCGCGGCGGGGCCAAGCAGAGCUCUCCCACACCCUCUACGAAAACGACUCGGCCCGGGGUGGGGAGAUGCCCGCCGCCCACCUCAACAACUCCAAGAACGUGGCGGCGCCCAGGCCGCGCCCGGAGAUCCACCGCGAGUUCUCGUAUCCGCCGUAUGCCGAGCAGAAGUCCCACCUGACCUCUCCGGCCAGCAGCAAUGUGACUUCUUCGGGGAGUGCCGGACCCUCGCCAGAAAAGGAGAGCUACAAUGCGCCCAGGAUGCAUCGGACCCUUUCGGCCGAAUCGGGCCUUCUGCAGGCGCACGGGAAACCUUGGAACGGGGUGACACAAGAAAUGAGGAACGUCCUCUCCCGCAAGCCGGCCGGUUCAGGGAAAGAUUCCACUCUUGUGUGAAGCUCUGCGGGAGCAAAACAAGCCUAGCCCAGUCUCCUGCUUCCAAGAGUGGUCAGCCUUCCCUUACUGCAUUUGGUAUUGGGUGGUAGACUGCCUCUGGACGUGGAGAUACACCUAUCUGUUAUGAAUUUAUAAGAUCAAAAGAGCCCUGCUGGGUCAGACCAGAGGCCCAUCUAGUUCAGGGCUGCUCAACUUCGGCCAACAUCCUGCAGAUAUUGGCCUACAACUCUCAUAAUCCCUGGUUACUGGCCACUGUGGCUGGGGAUUAUGGGAGUUGUAGUCCAAAAACAGCUGGGGGGGGCCUAAGUUGACCAAGCCUAUAGCACCUGACGUUUAGAGGUACCCUUGCCCUGAAUGUGAAAACUCCAUUUAGCCAUCAUGAGUCAACAGCCACGGUGUGUCUCUUUUGAAGGCACCUAACCCUGAGGCCAUCGCCACAUCCUGUGGCAGAGAGUUCCACACGUUAAUUCGACGCCACCAGCUUUUCAGAUUUACUCUCACGAUCUCCAGUUGUCUCCCUCAACCUGAUGUUAAGAAGGGCUUCCUUUGGUCUGCCCUGAAUUGCCUGCCAAUUACAUUUAUUGGGAGGCCUUGAAUUCUAGUGUUACGCAAGAGGGAGGGAAAUGUUUCUAGAUUCUCUUUCCCCACCAUGUGCAGAAUUUGAUAAACCUUCACUGUCUCCA